AUAAAACAGCUCGAGGUGGUCCUCAGUUACUAUUUGGAUCGUUAAUAAGAAGGGGUAAUUUGGUUUCUGGUUAGCAUUUCUCAAUUUUACUUCUCUUGGCGUACUGAGAUUGAUAACAGUUGAUAGCACCAUGCCUUGCAUUGAGAUGUACACAACCCUGUCUGCUGAUAAAGUACCAGCUAACUUCUUCGAUGUUCUGACAGAGUUCUUCUGUGGGUUGCUUGAUAAGGACCCAAGGGGAGUUGUUCUGAACUUGUAUACAGACCAGCGGAUACAUACGGGUUCAGAUCUCAAUGCUACCAUGCUUAUGAUACAGAUCUACAAUGCCGAAGCCUGGUUAGAUCAUAAUGCAAACAGGGAGGCUAUCAAACUAGUCACAGACAAGGUCACAGGCAUCCUCGGGAUCCCACCUGACAGAUCUACUGUUCUGUUGAUCACCGUUCCAUCUCACCAAGUUGGCACGCCAGGAGGGAACCUAUUAGCAGACAGAGAUCAGUUCAAAUGGAGACUGGAUUACAUAAAGAAGAUCAAUUCUGCUGCAGCAUCGGCUUAACAACAUUUCCCAUCAUCAAAUAUGUUAAUUUCAUGUUUGCGCUCUCUUUCUUUCACAUUAUCUUCUCCCAGAUCUUACCCUCUCCCAUUAUAUUAUCUUUUGUACCACCCCACUGCCCCCUCUCUUUCUCACCCUUUCCAAUCCUUUAUCUACCUUUCUCUCUCUUUCUCUCUCACCCUAUAUUUUUACUUCCCCCACACACUGACAUACGGGGGUUUUUUUUUUUUUGGGGGGGGCACGUCCGUCAAAAGAGCUUCAGAACAAAAAAAAUGGGGGAGAAAAUGAAGGAAGACAAGGAAAGGGAAAGAGUGAAAUAUUGUAAAAUUCUCUGAAUAUGCCAAAAUCUUUCAAAAAAAUAGAUUUUUGUAAUAUUUUAAACACAACAAAGACUUUGCGCGAUCGCUUCGCUCUUUUGCAUCUUUUUAGAACUUUUGUUCCAUCCGCCAUAUCUGUUCGUCAUUGCACAUUCACUCUCUCUCCUCUCCUUUUCUGUAUUUUGGAAAUGUAAGGAGCAUGUGCAUAAUAUUUGUUUAUCCCACAAUGUCUACUGGUAUAAUGUUCGAUAUUUUAUGGUAUGAAUUUACCCUUUUUAUAAUUUAGGGUAUAAAGGCCUCAUUUUACAGCAAAAGUGAAUGCUACAUUGUUACCAGAUGUAAAUGUGCACUAGUCUGAUCUCUAUGCAAAGUAGCUAGGCCUACACUGGAAUUAAGAAUGAAACGGCAGGAUGUACCAUAUACACUAUGAAGGCAACCAUGAAAGUAUAGUUUUACGAAUUAGAAGUGUUGUAUUGUAUUAGAUUUCCAAGAAUUGUAGACUGAAAUAUUUGUCUUGCAAUUGUAUAAUGUUUGAGUGUUUUUUUUUUAAAUAAAUUUUUCCU